AUGUCUGAUAGCGAGUCAUUUUCCGAGCGUGAGCCCAAUGCGUUUGAUGGGGAGUCAUCGGAUGGUCUUUUUGACUCCGACAGCAAGGCGGUAGGCCCUGAUGCCAGGGACGGAAGCGACACCGUUGUUGAGAUACUCGGUGAAGGCCCCAACUCCAUUCCUUCACAUGGCAUCGGGAAGGGGCUAAUGACUGCACCGGUACCUUUGUCUAUUGUCUAUAGCGACGGUCGCCACGUUGGUCUAGCUAUGCCUGGGGAGAUGAGCGCUGGUCGCCAGUCAGAGACCUCCACUUCCAGCCGUGGAGAGUCAGCCGCCGAACCAUUCUCUCGGCCGAGGGUAUCUGUAGUAUAUCCAAGCAACAACAGCAUAUUUGACCUGGCCCUUGCCUUGCGGCAUCGGGCCGAUCAAGUCUAG